GGAUCCUGAGGUUCAUCCUGUUAUCGUCCAAGGGUCGUUUGCCUUUCAGUGGUCACUAAUACAGCCAGAAAGCUUAAGAAUGAUCAUAUAUUUUACUUACGGGUUGCUGUUUGCAUACUUUGCUUUGCCUGGAAUCUUACUUGGAGAUUUGGCUUUCCGAUGUCCAAGUUGCACUGCAGAACAUCUAGCUGCGUGUCCCAAAGUCACAGCAGAAUGUCCAGAAUUAGUGAGGGAGCCGGGAUGCGGCUGCUGUCCAGUGUGUGCCAGGCAAGAGGGGGAGCUUUGUGGGGUCUACACGCCGAAGUGCUCCAGCGGCCUACGGUGCUACCCAAGCACGGAGGCUGACUUACCUUUGCAACAGCUCAUCCAGGGUUUAGGACGAUGUGGACAAAAAGUGGAGAUGGAUCUCACAACAACUUUGGACCAAGAGGCUACAAAUGAGGUGCAUGGAACUGCAAAUCCAAUCCCCAAACGACCUGCUCCUUGGUCUUGGCAUGAGUACGCCAUAAUACAAUGCCAGAAUGAGCGCAAAACCAAGAUGAAGUUGAAUCAACUAGAGGACCCUCGAACCCAGAAAGUACUUCAGACCGCCUGUCAGCAGGAGCUGGACAAGGUCUUAGAGGAGAUCUCCAAAAUGACCUCUGAGGAUAACAGAGGCCCGCUGGAGAACCUGUACGGGCUCAAAUUUCCAAACUGUGACAGACAUGGACUGUACAACCUCAAACAGUGCAACAUGUCCACCCACGGCCAGCGGGGCGAGUGCUGGUGCGUUGACCCCUUAACUGGGGUCCAGAUUCCAGCGACGCCUAAAGUCAGAGGGGAUCCCAACUGUAACCAGUUCCAGGAGGAGCAGAGACUGAUGCCCACUGCAGCAGCGUCUUACUAGCACAGACGAGGACAUGGUUGGGUUUGCCCAAGAUUCCAAAUGUUUUUUUUCCAUUAAUAUGAUUCUCAAACAACAUCUAAAGAAGUCUCUAUACUUGAAGGCUUUGUCUCAUUUUUAAUUGACUCUAGGUUAAAGGUUAAAAUGUAAACUAACUAAAGAAUAAAUUUGGUAUUUUAUUUUUCCUGUUGUCAACAAAUCGCAUGAAAAGCCCAAAACCAUUGCUUCUCAGUGCUUUCUGACUUUCCUGUCUAUGGGACUCAUACCUGAGCUCAGUUAUUUCCAGUAAAUAUGUUUAAAAAUUAAAAAAAAAAAAAGUUUUAAAAAGGAGGCACAAAUAUGUAGUUUUAUUAUUUUUCUUAAAAUGAAUGUCCUGAUACAGUGGGCACUGUAGUUUUUAGCAAAUUAGGACUCAAAAUAAAGUAAAUAGAUCAUUUGUUGGGGACUAGUUUAAGCUGCGGAAUAAUACAUAUUUGGCGUGCUAGUAAAUAUUUACGGAUUUCUGGCAGUAGGAGAGUUUAUGUGGGACUCAAACUACAGUUCUGAUUCUCAUUGUAAUGAAGAAACACACCACUGUGUGCAUUAAUAGAGGAAUACGUUAUAUCAGGCUUUGGCUACACUGACAAUACUUGAGCUUUUUACUGUUGCUUUCGGUCAUUUCAUUGAAUUUGUUGACAAUUAAAAUAUAUAUAGAAUAUUGGCAAAGCUGCAUUAAUUGAUUUUAUUUGGCCACUUGGGCGCAGAAGAACAAGCUGUAAAGAAAGCAUUUUAUAUGUAAUUACCUUAUGACAAAUGUGUCAGAAAACAACUUCUCAUUCCAGGGGACAAGAUUAGCAUUCAUCUGCAGUUUGUUUGACCCGCUGACAUUAGUAAGUCCAAUAUUUAGCCAGGAGAUUCUCAUGCCAAAUUUGGUGCUAUGCUAAUGAUGGGGCAGGGAUGCCACUGAACCUAUACUUUAUGCAGACAAGCCUUAAGUUUUCACAAGUUGGGGUAAAAGACUUACAGGUGCUCCGUGAAAUUCUUUGACAUAUCAAACAUAUGUAUGCACUGUCUAUAACCCAUUUUAGUGCCAACACGUUGAUUUCAUGAGUAAAUACUUUGCAAGCAGGUAAUUAAAACUGUUGUCACUGUCAUACUGUUCAUUGAUUAUAUCCUGUAAAAUUUCCCUGUUGAUGCACCGACUUUGUUUCCUACAUUGUUAGCUGUAAAUUAAUUAAAUUCAAUCAAAAUCUA